GGAGGGGCACAGAGUAGAGGGGCUAUGAUGCGAAGACAAUCUUUGUCUUUUAUUUGUUAGUUUUGUGUUUUCCUCUCUGCUGUGACUCCGUCUGAGCGGGAUAAAACCCGAAUCGCUUGUCCGUGUCCAGCCGCUCCGUCUGUUUGGACCCAUGGACAGAGACAGGACUGCUGAUAUUCAUGCUCAGUGCUCCUGGAUGGACAUGCACCAGUUCAUAGGAGACCUGAUCACAUCUGGAAACGCCUCCAAAAACCAGCCAGAUGUGCUGAACGCGGCGUGGGGCGUGGCUGCUGCUGCUGGAGGAGGAGGAGGAGGAGGAGGAGGAGGAGGAGGAGGAGGAGGAGGAGGAGCUGCUGCUGCUUUAGGGUUCAAGGCUGCUUCACUUGACCCUCUGCAGGACAAGACAGAGACACCAGCUGGGCGGCAGUUCCAGGCCAGGGCUCCUCACAAGAAGGGAGAGAGCAGAGACAGGAGACAAGAUGUGCAUUAUUACUGCACCUGCCCCGGCUGCCCGUACUCCACUUCCUCUCCUACCUUUGCGACGUUGAUGCCCAGACAGUCCGCGUCCUCAGCGACGCUCUCGAACACAGCGAGCCAACCCAAAGAUCUGAGCAGGAACCCCGCUGUGGGCCUGGACAUGUGCUUAUCGGACACCACGGUGCACAGCUCCACGUCUGAGGCGGACAGCAGGCCGUCCAACCGGCCGCACGGCGACAGUAGAGACAGGAGAGGGCCCAACAAAGACCAGCAGACUGAAACGGCGGCGUCCAGACUGUGCUCGGGCGCCUUGCCCGGCGUCCCCGUGUUCCCCUGCUUGUGCUGCCACCACAGCCUCCACGCCUGCUCCCAGAUCCUGAGCCAGCAGGACGCCGCCGACUCCCGCUUCUCCCACACGCACGCCCACCAUCACUUCCACCACCACCACUGCCCCUUGACGUCCUGCCUGCCGUGUCCCCAGCUCACCCGCUCUCACUCCUCGCCGCUCGCCGGUCCCUUCCCGGGCCUGUGCUGCCAGCGCUCCUGUCCCGAGGCGUGCCGCCACGAGCAGCGGCAGCCGCCACCACCGCUGCCGCCGGAGGACAGGAGCCGGGCGGCUCCCUUGGCGCUGCCGCCGCACCCCUGCAUGCACUGCUCCGCCUCCUUCUCCCGGCCGUCGCAGCUGCUGCAGCACCAGCGCUCCGAGCACGCCCAGAAACCGCCCGGCUUCCUCUGCACCGAGUGCGGCCGCGCCUUCAACUCCCACAGCAACCUCCGCAUCCACCUCAACGUGCACACGGGCGCACGGCCCUACUCCUGCCCGGACUGCGGCAAGAGCUUCAGCCAGUCGGGAGCUCUGAAGAUCCACCGGCGGAUCCACACGGGCGAGCGGCCGUACUCCUGCGGCUUCUGCGGCAGGGGCUUCCCCCACCUGGCCGGGGUCCGGGCCCACCAGAGGACCCACACGGGGGAGAAGCCCUACCGCUGCGGCCAGUGCGGCAAGUGCUUCACUCAGUCGGGGGCGCUCAAGAUCCAUAUCCGCAUCCACACGGGGGAGAGGCCGUUCGUCUGCAGCCUGUGCGAGAAAGGCUUCUCCAACCGCUCCGGGAUCCGGUUCCACUACCGCACGGUCCACGGGCUGGCCCCCGAGGCCGCCGGGACCUACCGGGAACCGGCCGGUCCCGGCGGGCAGCCCGGCCGCCCCAGAACUUCCCCUGCCGCCGCCGCAACCGUCAACCCCGACAGCAGAGUUCCCAACUCCCAGGAUGCUCCGGGGCCGCAUGAGCACAAGCCGCCGCCGCCGCCGGCAGCGAGCAGAGGCGCUCACAGAGACGGGCUCCUGUACGCCUGCGAGGACUGCGGGCAGCGCUUUAAAGACGCCCCCUCCAGGAACAGACACCAGAGUCAGGUGCACUACUCCCACCAGGGCGGAGGGGAGGAGGACGAGGGCCGGAGGGAGGAGUUCAGCGGCAGCGAGAGGGUCCAGGAGAACGCCGAGUGAGACGGAGUGUCACCAAAACACCGGGGUUUUGUGCAAAAUGCUGUAGAGUUUGAUGUGCACUGCAUGUUCCAGGAGGGUUCAGUUGAACCUUUGUACAAAGACGCAGACAGAUCUGUCCUGAGCAUCGUUCUACGUCUGUGGAGUAUUUUUCUGUCACUCAGAGAUCCAGCACCUGGCUGCAACGACGUGCAACUCAUUAAAAAGCAACAAUAUGCACAUUAGCAACGUCAGUCAAACUUCAGUAUGAGGUUGGAAGAUAUUUGCUUGAAAUUUUGCACAUUUGCGAGGUAUUUCAUUAGUUACAAAUUUUGAUACUUCUCCGUGAUUCUAUAAAUAUGCGGUCGUUUCGCAGUCCAGAAAUGUUUCCUUCAAUCAGUGAGACGAUUUUACAUGUUCAGAAUUGGAGCCACAGGUUUGAGAAGCCUUGUUGCUCACAUGAGGCAAACAAUUAAUGUAAAUAUUGUAACAGGACCACUUGUUCCAAUCACACACCGAGCCAGCUGGUAUUCUUUGUCGAUACGUUUUUAUUGUGCCUUAUUCUGCAGUGGAAAACUUAUUACCCUUUGCUGUACUGUGACGACACAAAGCUUUAGUAACAUUUUCUUACUGAAUAACCUGGCAGCUGACCCUUUCUUAUACACAAUGCCUUGUAACAGG